AUGGCAGAUAUAAGAGACUUUUCUAUAAGCCCAUCUUCAUUGUCUGAAAUAUUUAAAAAUAGAGACUCUAAAAUCCAAAACUCAUUAGAAAGUCUUAAAGCUUAUGGUGGGAUUGAAGGUCUUUGCCAUCAAUUGCAGACUGAUUUAUGCAAUGGGAUUGACGACAGUCCUACAAAGAUUUCUAAAAGAGUUAAUCAUUUUGGAACUAAUAAAUUUGAACCAAAAGUCCAGAGAGCAUCAUUUUUUGAGUGUUUAAAGGACCAAUUAACGGACUAUACAUUAUUACUAAUACUAUUUCUUUCUUCAGUGUCCAUUAUUAUUGGAGUCUUUGCAGGGACCACUGAAUAUAUAGGAAAUUUUAAAGUUCUGGUUUCGGUCUGAAUUUUAAAUGCGAUUUAUGCAGUUUUCAACUAUAAAAAAGCAUAUUAGAAUAAAUUGAAUAAAUAAAUUUUGCUUAAAACAUUGUUUUUUCCUAGGGAAGCUAGAGCUAAACAAAUUUGGUAUAAAAAAAUUUAAGUACUUUGAAGGCACCGAAUUGGAAAGUAAAGGUUAUAAGAGCUGGGGUAGAAAAAGAGAUUUCGAAAAAUGACUUAUUGACUGGGGAUCUAUUAAUAGUAUCUAAAGGAGACGUUUUGCAGGUAGAUGGAAUUCUUAUAAAAGGGUCAAUUCUAGACAUAAAAGAAAGAGAAAAUCUUCAUUUAUCGAAUGAAAUUUCUCCUUUAGAGUCUAAAAAUCCCUCAAAUCCAUUUAUAUAUUUUAAUUCAAAAAUCCUUGAAGGCAAUGGAGUGGUGCUUGUUUGUGCUGUAGGAAAAUACACAAGCAAGCCACAAAGUAUUCCAGAGCCAAGUGACGAAGAAGAGACUUUAAUUGAGACUAAAAUUGAAGAAAAAGCAGAAUCUUGGGGAAAAAUCGGGCUUAUUUCAUCAAUAAUUAUUAUUUUUGUGCUUCUCAUUAUAUUCUUUUAUCAUUCAAUUGUUGCCUGAAAAUGGGGAGCUGCAGGAACAAUUGAGGUGCUGUCUAUUUUUGUAACAGGAUUAGCCCUUAUUAUUGUUUCGAUUCCAGAAAAUUUUACUGUUUUCGUCAGUACAUAUUUUUGCCAUACUACUAAACAAAUUGAAAAAGACAAUAUUUUCAUUAAAAAUGUUAGCCAAAUUGAACUUAUUGGAGAGGUUACAACUGUGAUUAUAAGCAGUAACAAGGAAAGCGCAAAAAGUUUAUGCAAUUUAAUGCAAAAUUUUGAAAAUUCAGGAAUUGCAGUCAUAAUUGUUACUGAAGAAGAUGUGAAAACAGGGAAAGAAAUUUGUGAAAACUGUGGGAUCACAGAUGAUUUUAUAAUGGACAUAGAAAUAUUAAAAAAACGGGUCCCAGGGCUAAUUAGUAUUUUAGAUUCAAACAAAGAAGACCCAAAAGUAGAAUAUAUUAUAAAAUCAUUCAAAAAGGCAGCAGAAAAUGUCAAAGUCUUUGCGAAUUGUGCACCAAAUGAUAAAAUCAUUAUAAAACAAGCGUUGCAAGCUUCUGGAGAAGUCAUAGCCUCUAUAGAAGCAUGCCAAACUGAUUCUUCAUUAUUAGAAAUUUCCGAUGUAGGGAUUUUUACACCUUCAAACAGUCAAAUUUGUAUGGCUGCUUCCACUAUUUUUUUGCCUGACACCAACUAUGAAGCCUUUAUUCAUUUUUUACGAAGAGGCCGAAAUCUUGUGUUAUCUACUCAAAAGCUUAUAGUUCAUCGAGAAGCGUCAAUUUUUGUGUUGCUUUUUAUCUGUUUAAUUGGAGUUUUUACAUCUGGAAAGCUGCUAUUUAAUGGCGUCCAAUUGAUUUGGAUGUGUUUUUUGCUUGAUAUACUAGGAACUUUAGUUUUUACGAUUAAUUAUGAUGGAGAUAGUGAGACUAAGCCUUUUAAAAGGGAAGACGAAAUUGUGAAUGGAAAUAUGAAGAUCUUGAUAAGAGCUCAAAUUCUUUAUCAGGCCUUGGUACUUGUUUUUCUAUAUUUCGGAAGCCAAAGCUCAUUAAUUUUUCAUACGUUUAUUUUUUUGCAAAUAUUCAAUGAAUUGAGUUUGGUGAAUUGGAGCUUUAAGAAUUUCAAUGCAAUUGCAGUAGUAGCAUUAAGCUUUAUAAUGCAUUAUUUCGCUAUAGAAUAUGCUGGAAGCUGGCUAGACUGUGAAAAAAUGAGCUGGGAGGGCCAUUUUAAUUGCAUUAAGCUUGCAGCUGGCUCUCUGGCAGCAUUAUUCAUAGCAAAAUUACUAUUUAAGUUUGGCGAAAAGAAAUAA